AUGAACCAGAAAAAUGUAGAAAUUAUUCCCUGUUUAAUAACUGUGGGUUGGUCUCCGAAAAGUACCUGGCUCAAAUCUUUGAUUGAUGGUAUCAACAACAUUAAUUUUGGCAGUACUGAUGAUAUUCGAAUAGAUCAUGCUAUUACUAAAUUAGCCCAACGGAUUGUGGAUAUUAUCUCGGUUUCCAAAAUGAUGAAACCUUCAAUUUCUGCCAACUUUAUUAUUCCACCUAUUUCACAAGAGAAAAAACCAAAUAUUAUGGUUGAUUUAUCUUCAAGCAAAAUCAUACGAGAAGGUGAUCCACUUGAGCUACGUCUUGUCACCGAUGGCUUGGGUGCUUACAAUUGUAAAUGGUGUUUUAAUGAGCAAGACAUCAUGCUGAAUAACUCGGAAACUAUUUUACGCGUUGAGGAUCAUGACAGAAUCUGCUGUCUACGUAUAGAAAAUUUCCAAGCACGACACGCCGGUGAAUAUCAAGCCAUACUUUCUAAUGCUACCGGUGUCAUAAUGAAAUCAAAAAAUAUAAUUUGUACUAUGGGAAAAUCUCCCCAAUUCAUUGUUGAUGAGAAUGAGCCACAUAUAAUAGGCGUUCAUGGAGAAGACUGUGUCAUUCGAUGCCAAAUCGAUGCGAUUCCUGAAGCAAUCGUUACAUGGUAUGUUUCAUAUUCUUUUGUAGUUAACUUUUCUUACGAACUCUGA